CCACCAUGAACAUAACCACAAAACAUAAACAUACUUAACCUGAAAAUAAAAAUAAAUGGAAAAAGAAGAUGAAUUUCUGUUUAAUUUCUUUACGCACAUAUCGCAGUUAUGUUUUGAUAAAGCAAAAGAACAUAUUGAAAAAGAACGAGAAGGAGUUUCAAAUGUUGGACCUCACUCCCCAUCAUGGACAAUAUUCUUAAACAUCCUACCACAAAUAAUUCUAGCGGAAAAAAGUUACAUCGAGAUUGGAUUUUUGCAAAAUAAGCAUAAGAGUUUCCUUCGGAAAGAUAACUCCUUGAGGUCUAUUUAUGAAUCGUUGAAAUCGGAUAUCAAACGACACGAAGAAAAUUGUAAUCAACACGAUGAACACGUGAUAAAUUAUUGUAAACGUUUGGCACAAUUUUUAACAGCUCGCAUUAAUUUAAUCGACUUUUAUGAUAAAAUACAUAUGACAGCUUCCAACAGAUUUUUACAAUACAGUGACUUCCUCGCACAAAUAGAAGUUAUAAUUGACAAAUAUUCCCAUUCGUUUACAGAAGUAGGUUUAACACCUAUGAAAGCCAUUUUUAGUUUGGAAUGCGAAAUAUUACAACAACUUUUUAAAGCAUUAACCGAACUGCAAAGAUUGCAGUUCUUGCCGUCCUUAGCGUUAAUUCAUGGAGCACAAACUAGACUUUCCGCGUGGGAAAAUAAAAUGCAAAAUCGAGAGACAUGGAAAUUAGGUUUCUUAAAGAAUAAUCCGCUACCGCUCCUCUAUCAGUGGCUAGUGCGAUUUAAAGGUGCCGUCUUAAGUAAAUUUAGUUUAUAUUUUCAUGAUACGUUGGCACAACAGACAACGCUAAGUGAAAUGAAACAACUGUGCUCUAAAUUGCAGAAUGAUUAUUACCAAAGGAUGGUUCAAUUUCAGAAGAAAUACGAUUCGAGCACAGUGUUGUUAAUUUCAGAUAAUCAAGUAUGUUGUGAUACUAACCAAUGCGACUGUUUUCCUGUGAUUGUAUCCUGCCCUCUGAAAGCACCGCCACAACAUGAAACCAUACUGAAAAUGAUUGCAGAUACAUCCAGUGAAUUGCUCAAUAAUGAUAAAAUAAUUUACAAGUACAGUACGCAGGAACAAUGCACGUACACUCUGUAUGCAGUGGAGUUAAAUAUAUACCUUGUAAUGGUGUUUGAGAGUAAAAAGUCAGAGAAAGAUGUUUAUAUAUCAAAUUUUGUAUCAGAAUUUUGUACUAAUCUCAGAUGCUCAAAAAUUUUUGUUAGUCUGAAAAAUUUGACAAAAUAAAUUUCAAUUUUUGAGCAGAA